AUGGCACGCGCAUCAGAUCUUAGCUGGGUCUGGGCUUGGCUCCCCCUUGACGACAAGUACGAGUGGGAUUCUAUCUUCACCAUAGACGAGGCUUUUGACAACAAAUACUACAAUAUUACCUUCGCCGCUAUCUCCGUUCUUUGCAAGAUCCUCAAAGCGAUAAACAUCAUCCUUGUGCCCAUCGUAAUCCUCCUCGGCCACUGGCUUGCCAGCUUGGCCGUACUAAUCCUUUCCGUCGUCAGGCUGUCCAUUUUGGUUCUCAUCGUGAAAGUAUUUGGAGAUGGAUUCGAAAUUCACCAAGAGGUGGUAAGACCAUUCUUUUCCACCAUGUGGAAUACUGGGGAGUGUCUAUCGAUGUCAAGCCUCCUUACAUACUUUCCCGUGAUCAGGUUUAGGGUUUGCCAAGCAAUAGAAAUUGUGAGGGAACAUCUCGUUUCUAUACGAGACGAGCUAUACGAAAUCACAAGCAUUGACUUUCAUUAUCCUGACCUACCAGACGGAGACAUAACCCACAUCCAACCCAGCGAUACUCGUGCGGAACGGUGGAUGAGGCAGCUGGUCCAGGAGGACAGGAUCAGAAGGCAAGCUCGACAAGACGAACAGGACCGGAUCGCUGAGGCGGAAAACAGGAGAAGGGGCAUCGAGAAUGAAAGGAUUGGCUUAGUAUGGAUGGGCCUUCAAUCAAGAGGGCCACCAGACCAUCAACGCCUUCGAGAACGGUCUGGCCUGAGCCUGGUUGCUGCUCUCAGACCUCGCGAGGUGACACUAGCUGGAAGCUUUAGAGCCAGCGACCCUGUAUCUCUGCCUCCGGCCCGUGAGCCCGCUCCGGUACCUUCUCCUGCCCCGGCUCCUGCUGAUGCAAGACCUAUACCAAGCGGCCGAGAGAUCAAAAGGGCCUGGGAGGAAGGAAGGUACAUCAGCCUAGGGCCGAGACGUACCGUGGUCAAAGACAGCAGCACACAAACGGAGCCAACAGACCUUGCUAGCCAUGGCACGAUGACGGAGCCCAUAGAGCUGCCCCUCCAACCGCAUGUAAGCCGUGGCGUACAGACUGGCCUGGUAGAACCUCCUGCCCAAGGAGAGCCCGAGGCCCCAGUAGUUGUGCCGGAGCUUCCAGUCUCUGAGCCGAAUCCAGAUCCAGCUUCACCUGAGGACACACAGAGGUCUCUCGAUAGGGGCAAGGCUCUCAAUGGCCCCGAGCCAACAAUCAACACCAACUUGGUUAUUAUCCAUGAAGACAAAGCUGAAGACGAAGUAAAGGAGCCAGAAUACUCUGCUGUAUCCUCACGUCUCCCCGCCUCUAUCGCCCUUCCUGACUCGCCUAAGCCUACAACUGAUGCUGAAUCUGAGCUCGUGCAGACUCAUGCUACCGUCCUCGACCAUCCCUAUGCUAUUGAGUCGCUUCCUCACACACCAGCUCCAGCUAUCCUGAAGUCUACACGACAACCUCCGGUCCAUUCAACAGCGUCUGCUCCAGAGACUUCGAGGAGAAUUGGACGGGGGCCCAAGUCCUCUAUUCGCGGCUUAAAGUCAAAGGAGUGUAAUGGCAUACGUCACCAAUCACGAAGGGAUGUUCCUAUUAGGAAUAGUAGACAGGCCAAAAGGCACCAAGACAGCGAGGAGAAAAUGUACGAGAUUUCCAUGAGGUUGUUGGAAGAACAGCCUCCUAGUUCACUCAAGUCUGUGGAGACUCAGCAAGUCAUUGAUACUACUACCACGUCCGCCAACGUCUCUACUUACUACACGCCCAUCUCACAUCACGACUCGAAACACGAUAUUCAAAGAAGCCCCGUCGUUAGAUAUCCACUUACCCUCGAGCUUCCUUGGCCAGAGACUACUGAGCCCCAUGCUACUCCAGAGAGUACAUCUGUCUCUGAUGCUUUGACUAGCGAUCCCAUAGGUAUAGCCUCGGGAGCCCAAGAUGACCAAAGCGAAGCCUCUCUUCAGACCUUCGCGGAGCCCUUUUCUAGCGUCGUAUCCGCCGAGAAUGAGUCUUUUACGGGAUGUCAAUCUGCUACAGUAUUCCCAAACACUGAGAGGAAUCAACAGGCUAUGACUGAAGCUUGUGAAAAUGUUUCUAAAGAGACAUCACUGCUCAAAGUCAAUGACGGUGGGGCAGCUUUGCCCUCUGCUUCCACUCCACUCCUUUCAAACACAUUGAGCCAAUCUGUAUCUGAGAGAACAAGUAUAGGGCAGCUAUCCAGCUCUCAUGGUACUAGCUCCAUUCCCCUACUUGAGGAGAUUGAAGACAUAGAGAUUUCGCUCGAUCAGAUGAUCGCAACGUCUCUCCUGCCUAGGUACAAUGAAUCUGAGGAAUAUAUAUAUAACGAUAGCCUCGAUGACCAUGAUGUUGUCGGAAACCAACAAGAAAGCCUGGACGGAGGACCAGAAACACCAGCCGCAAGACCCAAUCCUCACGACAGUGACGAGGAGAUGGGGAGUUUCGAGCCUGGUGCCGCCGGGGAUCCCUGCGUAAGGUCAAAGGAGGAGCAGACCCCCCUAGCAUCUACAAUUUAUGACGCUCAAAUGGCCGAUGUAUGGCGACCAAAUGAAGAUGAAAGUAAAAGAAUUGGAGAUGCAGCUCAGGACCUGUUUAAAGACCUCAUGGGCCAAGAUGACGAAGACUCCUCGGAAGACACAAAACCAGAAAGAGAGCCAUCAAUGAACCCAAUGAGAGAGAUAGUAACCGAAGAUCAACAGGCAAAUCUCGAAGAUACUCCUAUGCAGGAUAUGCAGUCGUCUGCACCACCCGCCAUUACCGCUGGACUUCACUUACCGAUUCAGCAACCAGAGGGCCCGAGUGUCCAGGCGCAGCCUUUCAUAUCGCCAGAGUCUCGUCCCGUAGGCCAAGGGAUGUCUCCACGGGAGGAAGCCAAGCUUGCGGACAUGCUUGUGGCCGCGUUUGAGGAACAUGGCCCGGACACACCCACACAAGAUGCUCAACCUCCCAGUGUUCGCCCUCAACCUCUCACGUCUGCAGACCCGCUUCUAGAGGCUUUUCGUGCUAGACUCAAGGCAGCAGAAACUGAACCGCAGCCAGACAAGUACGACGUGCAGGUUCCCAAGGACCGCGAUCCUCCUGAUCCAGUAAAAGAAGCCACCGCUGACCAGCGCGCUAACCGAAAGAUUGCGAAACCGAUGUCUCGAGCACAUAAGUACACUCCCGCGGCCCAAUCAACCCUUCAGUCAGUGUCACAAGGGCAACCCCAUUCACAGUCGGAAACAUUGCGACAAACGCCCUCCCAGGUAAACGAAGACAGAGGAGUUGAUAUAGCGGAGAUGGACUUGGCGGCUCGCAGUCUAUUAGACCUCGCAGCUGCUACGGGUAUUGUUGUCGGGAAUGAUGCUUCAAACCAGGCAGCGUCUCCUUCAGGCAAGGACUCUAGUCAUAAGGACACUGACGCCCAGAAGACUGAUGUCCAUAUCACAAGCAGUCAGAAAACUAGUACCCAUGAGACUAACAUGCAGGAGUCAUCCAUCAGCGAUCCUGAGGUCGAAAGGCAAACGGCAAUGACCCUGCCAGAGGAACAAUCUGGACCAAACUCACAACAACCUCAAAGCGCCUCUGCAUCUAUCUUGUCAGCUGAAAGCCAGCCCUCACUUGUUCAGUCAACGCCCACUCAAACACCGCCAGCCCAACCAUCACCAGCAGCCGCAAGCACAGCCGCAGCUCAGCAACAUACUCCUACCACCAAUAACUCACCCACCGCAGCGGGCCCCAUCAAUACGCAACAACAACCAAGUAUUUGCCCCGUGAUGCAUGGCGGACUGCUACUUCCAGGGGGUAACCCAACGCUUUCUAACCCAACAGCUACAGCUACACCAGCACCCAAGAAAUCUGGCCCUGACCCCGAGAAGGUUGCAGAAUUCCACAGGAAAAAGCAGGCACAACUGAAGAAGCAAAGACCGAAGAAGCCAGUCAAUAUCUUCAUGCAGACGAAACGGCCUGCUGCAGUUCCAUCCACACCUGACACACCUCAGAAGAAUCCAAACUCUUCCACUCAAGGACGGUCGCCAUCACUAACGACUAUUGAUGAAGGCGAUAAGAAUACGAAGGCUGGUCUAGAUUUGCUCUUUGGUGUUCCAGGGUCUAAUAAAAAGAAACAAGGCCUACAAAUUAUCGACAUCAAUGGCAUCCCGGAUCAUCAGAGAACUCGGAUACAGAAAGAUGAUGCCGGACGUAAAGAUGAAGAAGAAGAAUAG